AUGGCCAUGAACCUUAGAACUGGGUCCCGGGCCCUCGGUGGAGCCCUUCGUAACCACGCCCGUGUCUCGCGACGAGGCUAUGCUACCGCCGAGCCCGAUCUCAAGACGGUCCUCAAGGAGGCCAUUCCCGAGAAGCGCGAGCUCUUCAAGAAGGUCAAGGCCCAUGGAAACAAGGUGCUGGGCGAGGUCAAGGUCGAGAACACAAUCGGUGGCAUGCGUGGCCUGAAGGCCAUGAUCUGGGAGGGCUCCGUACUCGAUGCCAACGAGGGUAUUCGCUUCCACGGCCGCACCAUUAAGGACUGCCAGAAGGAGCUCCCCAAGGGCAAGAAUGGCACCGAGAUGCUUCCCGAGGCCAUGUUCUGGCUUCUCUUGACCGGCAAAGUCCCCUCCACCAACCAGGUCCGCCAGUUCUCGCGUGAGCUCGCCGAACAGGCUGCCCUGCCCGACUUUGUCAACAAGCUCCUCGACAACUUCCCCAAGGACCUCCAUCCCAUGACCCAGUUUGCCAUUGCCGUCUCGGCCCUCAACCAUACCUCCAAGUUCGCCAAGGCCUACGAGCAGGGCCUGAACAAGGCUGACUACUGGGAGCCUACCUUUGACGACUGCAUUUCUCUCCUCGCCAAGCUCCCUACCAUUGCCGCCAAGAUCUACCAGAACUCGUACAGGGGCGGCGGUGCUCUCCCCGCCGAGGUCGACCUCGAGCAGGAUUGGGCUUACAACUUUGCUGCCAUGCUGGGCAAGCCCGGCAAGGAGAACGAGAACUUCCAGGAUCUCCUGAGGUUGUACCUCGCUCUUCACGGUGAUCACGAGGGUGGUAACGUUUCUGCGCACACCACCCACUUGGUCGGUAGUGCUUUGAGCGAUCCCUUCCUCGCCUACAGCGCCGGUCUCCAGGGUCUCGCUGGCCCUCUCCACGGCCUUGCCGCUCAGGAGGUGCUCCGCUGGAUCCUCCAGAUGAAGGAGGCCAUCCCCUCUUCCUACACCGACUCGGACGUGCGUGACUACCUCUGGAACACGCUCAACUCUGGCCGUGUCGUGCCCGGCUACGGCCACGCCGUUCUCCGCAAGCCCGAUCCCCGUUUCGAGGCCCUCAUGGACUACGCGGCCUCCCGCCCCAAGAUCGCGGCCGACCCCGUCUUCCAGCUCGUGCUCAAGAACAGCCAGAUUGCCCCGAGGUGCUCAAGCAGCACGGCAAGACCAAGAACCCCUACCCCAACGUGGACUCCUCGUCCGGUGUCCUCUUCCACCACUACGGCUUCCACGAGACCCUCUAUUACACCGCCACCUUCGGCGUCUCGCGUGGUCUCGGCCCGCUCGCGCAGCUCAUCUGGGAUAGAGCCCUGGGUCUGCCGAUCGAGCGCCCCAAGUCCAUCAACCUCGAGGGUAUCCUCAAGCAGGUUGAGGGACAGUAAAUGCGUGCGCGUAUGA